AAACCCAGGCCGUGGGCCUCACCGCCUCCCGUCAGCCCGCGACAGGCCCGCUUUUGUGUGGGGGCCCGGCCGGCGGGGAGCGCCCCUCGCGGACGGUCGAGCCCGAGGCCCGCCACCCUGCGGCUGCUACCCUCCCGACGUGCGGCCCCCAUUCCCCGCGAGCACCGCGGCGGUGCCGGCCAUGGAGUAAGAAGGAGGCGGCGUGGGAGGAGGAAGAUGGCGGCGGGCAAGAGCGGUGGCAGCGCUGGGGGUGUUUUCCUGAAAGCUUUGGCUAGAUCAGAAUCUAAGAGGGAUGGAGGCUUUAAAAAUAAUUGGAGCUUUGAUCAUGAAGAAGAAAGUGAAGGAGAUGCAGAUAAAGAUGGGGCAAAUCUACUCAGUGUAGAAGAUGAGGAUUCUGAAACCUCAAAAGGAAAAAAGUUAAAUCGGAGAUCUGAAAUUGUUGCUACUAGUUCUGGUGAUUUUAUCUUGAAGACUUAUGUAAGGCGAAACAAGACUGACGGCUUUAAAACUUUGAAAGGCAACGCAAUUGGACUUAACAUGUUAAGCAACAAUAAGAAACUGAGUGAAAACACACAAGCUACGGCGUUAUGUUCUGGAACUGUAGUUCAUGGUAGACGCUUCCAUCAUGCUCACGUACAGAUGCCAGGCAUCAAAACGGCAGCUCAGAGCAAUCAGGACCGAAAAGAAAGGAAAGAAUACCCACCUCAUGUCCACAAAGCCGAAAACAACCCUGUAAUGUUAAGUCAUGGCCAAGGUGGAGACCAUGUAAUGAAGAAAACUGAAGAUUCAGAAUCAUAUGUAGAACCUGAAGUUAGGAGGAAAGUACAGCAGAAACGGCACUGUAGCACUUACCAGCUUUCUCCUCUGUCCCCUGCCUCAAAGAAGUGUCUGACCCAUUUCGAGGUUUCUGAACAGCGUGAAUGUUGCCCAAAAUGCGGAAAAGAAAAAGAAAAUCAAACCAGAUGCCAAAGUUGUGGUAUUGUUUUUCAUAAUGAUUUACAAAGAAAUUGCCGACAAGCAGUAACUUUGAAUGAAUCUACUGGACCAUUGCUAAGAACAUCAAUUCAUCAGAACUCUGGAGGACAGAAAUCACAAAACACAGGAUUAACAGCUAAGAAGUUUUAUGGGAACAGUGUGGAUAAGAUUCCAAUUGAUAUUUUGCUCACCUGUGAUGGUAGCAGACAUAAUUACAUACAGACAAAUGGGAAAGUCAUUUUACCUGGAGGAAAAAUACCUAAAAUCACAAACCCGAAAGAACGAAAAACAAGCGUGUCAGAUUUAAACGAUCCAAUCAUUUUGUCCAGUGAUGACGAUGACGACGACGACAGGACUAAGAGAAGAGAGAGCACGUCCCCGCAGCCUGCCGACUCAGCAUGCUCCUCCCCAGCACCUUCUACUGGGAAAGUUGAAGCCGCACUGAAUGCAAAUACGUGCAGAGCAGAGCAGGAACCUAGAAGUAGUCCCGCAGAGUCUGAGUUAAAUACCGUUGUCAUACCAAGAAAAGCAAGAAUGAAGGACCAGCUUGGUAAUUCCAUCAGCACACCUCUAAAACGUCGUAAAGUAAACACUCAUGGAACUUUAAUUCCCGUUCCAUCUUUAAGCUGCCAAGACUUUGGCAGUGUCAUUUUAAACUGCCGAAGUAUACGAGUUGGAACACUCUUCCGACUGUUGGUAGAGCCUGUAAUUUUUUCUUUAGAGUUAAUCAAGAUACGUCUAGAUGGACCAGAUUCUGUAGAGAUUAUUUUAAAUACCUCUGAUCUAACUAAAUGUGAAUGGUGUAAUGUCCGCAAAUUACCAGUAGUGUUUCUCCAGGCAAUACCAGCAGUUUAUCAGAAGCUGAGCAUGCAGCUGCAGAUGAGCAAAGAAGAUAAAGUUUGGAAUGAUUGUAAAGGAAUAAACAGGAUAACGAGUUUAGAAGAACAGUACAUUAUUUUAAUUUUUCAAACUGGCCUUGAUCAUCAGGCAGAUGUGGUCUUUGAAAGUAUCAUUACUGACAUUGGUAUAAGAAAUAAUGUUUGCAACUUUUUUGCAAAAAUUCCUUUUGAAGAAGCCAACAGCAGACUUGUUGCCUGUACAAGAAGCUAUGAAGAGAGCAUCAAAGGAAACUGUGUGCAAAAAGAGAACAAAGUGAAAACUGUGUCCUUUGAAUCUAAAAUACAACUUAGAAGCAAACAAGAAUUGCAGUUUUUUGAUGAUGAAGAAGAAGCUGGAGAGAGCCAUACAAUCUUCAUUGGCCCUGUAGAAAAAUUGAUAGUAUAUCCACCACCUCCAGCCAAGGGAGGCAUUUCUGUUACUAAUGAGGACCUGCACUGUCUGAGUGAAGGCGAGUUUUUAAAUGAUGUUAUUAUCGACUUUUAUUUGAAAUACUUGGUGCUUGAAAAACUGAAGAAAGAAGAUGCUGACCGAAUUCAUAUAUUCAGUUCUUUUUUCUAUAAACGCCUUAAUCAGAGAGAGAGGAGAAAUUCUGAGACAACUAAUCUGUCGAUACAACAAAAACGGCAUGGGAGAGUGAAAACAUGGACCCGGCAUGUAGAUAUUUUUGAGAAGGAUUUUAUUUUUGUACCCCUUAAUGAAGCUGCACAUUGGUUUUUGGCUGUUGUUUGUUUCCCUGGUUUGGAAAAACCAAAAUAUGAACCUAAUCCUCAUUACCAUGAAAAUGCAGUCAUGCAAAAACCUUCACGUGCAGAGGACAGUUAUGUUUCUUCUGCCAGUGAGGUGGAUGCUUGUUCACAGAACUCUGCUGCCAAGCCUGUGAUUAAGAAGAUGCUACACAGAAAGCAUUGCUUAGCUGUAACCGAUUCGAGUGCUGCACAGGAAGACAGUGAGCCUUGUUACCGGAGAAACGCAUACAGUGUGAAGUGUAGCAUGAAAAAAAAAAAUCAUGCUGUCCAUGAAAAUGAAGAACCAAGCAACGGAGAAUCUGCAUGCCAGGAAAUUUCUGAUAGAACUGAAAGUGAGAAUGGCCUCCAGGAUGAAUGCUUAAAUUCUGCACAUCAUCCAGAUGCCUUAAGCAAAAUCAGACUAAACUAUGGUGAUCAGUCAGCAGAAGGUGGAAAACUGCUUGAAGAUGAGCUCAUUGACUUCUCAGAAGAUCAGGAUGACCCGGAUGAUAGCAGCGAUGACGGACUCCUUGCUGAUGAAAACUACAAUUCAGAAAUAGGACAGUGGCAUUUAAAGCCUACUGUCUGCAAACAACCUUGUAUUCUACUUAUGGACUCACUCAGAGGCCCUUCUCGGUCAAAUGUUGUCAAAAUUCUAAGAGAGUAUUUAGAAGUGGAAUGGGAGGUUAAAAAAGGAAGCAAAAGAAGUUUUUCCAAAGAUGUUAUGAAAGGGUCCAACCCAAAGGUUCCACAGCAGAACAACUUCAGUGACUGCGGUGUGUAUGUACUGCAGUACGUAGAGAGCUUUUUUGAGAAUCCAAUACUAAAUUUUGAGCUCCCUAUGAAUUUGGUGAACUGGUUUCCUCCCCCCAGAAUGAAAACAAAAAGAGAAGAGAUCCGAAACAUAAUUUUGAAGCUGCAGGAAGAGCAGAGUAAAGAGAAGAGGCUGCUGAGGGACACCUCCUCAGCGGAGACAUCCUUAGGGGAAGGGGCGGAGCAGUACGCCAGCAGUGUCUCAGAGUGACAGGGGCUGGGCCUCGAAGGGUCGCCUUCUGCAGGACACAGCAUUCACUUUCGGGUGUCGACAGUAAAGAGCUAGAGUGCUCACUACUCAGAGACUUGGGGUGAUAAAGCCUGUACAGAUGUCAUAAGUGAUUUCCAAAGGAGUGUGUAUUAAGUAAAAGUCUGUAAAUAUGUUAAUGAGGCCAACUUUUCCAACAUUUAUAAUUAUUUUUUUCACUUUUAGGAAGCCUUUGUUAUGUAUUUUCUGUUAAUAGUACUAAAACUGCAACUUCUAAACACAAAUAAAUAAAAUAUUUAUAGGAGGAAAUGAUUAAUUUGAUAUUCUUUAGUGAACUUGCAUAAUUCCUCAGUGUGAUUUUUAUUUCAUGGGAAUAGAAGUAUCUAUGAUUUUUUUUUUAACCUUUGUUCUAAAGUAGUAAAAAAUGUGAAAAUAUAAUUGUUAAAGACAUUUUAAACUAAAAGUGCAUCUUUAUAUGCUUGCAUAGCAAGAAAAAUUAAUAUCUUUUCAAUUCAUGCUUCAUCUGUUCAGAGAACCCCCAAAAUAUAGUAACUAUAAUUUUACACAAAUACUUAAACGCCAUUAAGAGCAGUCAAAGAUAGUGCGCCUUGACUUCUAGUGAAGCGUCCCUGCCCCAGCACCCCUGCAGCUCAGGCGAAAGCCAUCCUGCAGGUGCAGCUCGAGUCUCGGAGCCCAGGAUUACCUUUGCAGUUUAUCUUCCAGUGUGUGCGAUGGGACUAGUUAGGAACAUUGUUAAUCUGUGUGAACACAGGGUUUCAAGUAGGAAUUUAUUUUCUGUAUCUUUUGCUAUUUUUCAUUAUUUUCUCCUCAUUGUUUUGAUAAAGUACCAGACAUUUUGCUUGGGUUUUUCUGAGUAAAUUAUUUUAAAAUGCAAACAUACUCUGUUUAAUUGCAUAUUGCAGCAGAAACUCUCGUUUUCAGUUUUCUGUUGAAGGAGUUGAGGAAAUAUGGGGUUGGGCCUGCCUGGAGUUCAGUGGUGCAGUGCAGGGUUAACACGCGGGAGGCCCCUUGUUUAAUCCCAUGUAGCAAAUAAAAUAGAAAAAUGUGAAGUUUUGAUGCUACAUUUGUAAUCCAUGUGGAGUUCUUGUGUAUAUUUCCAGUUAAGUAUAAGACUUAAAAUAUGUAUUUUAAGCCAUUUUUGUUAGUGAUUUUUAAAUGCCCAUACAACAACAACAACAACAGAAAGUUGAGAAUAAAAGGCCACUUUGUCAGCAGAUACUUUAUUUUUAAUGUGGCCAUCUCUGGCACUGUGAGCCACGAUUUAGACGGUUAGUGGGUUUAGUAAUCAGGGAGUUCUAAGUGGGUGAGGAUGUUAAUGACAAGCCAGACUGCAGUGACAGCCGAACUGAGUGUAAGGAGAAGCCACCUUGCUGCGACGUGUUUUCUUUUUCUACCCUGACCCAUCUUAAUUUUCUUACUUCCGAUUACUUCUUUUUAGUAAGACUUUACAACUGCUUAAAUAUGUUUUCUAAUUUAUUUAUAACUGAAAGCGCCAACAUGCUUUUAUUCUCUACUGAAGUUAAGACCAAAAAAGAAAAAGGGAGGAAU